GCUACUAGGAACGUCAGUGUCUUUUGUGCCAUGGCCGCCAUGGCCUUGCCACCCAGCUACCAACGUGUUCAUGAUGUGAAGCUUAGCAAGUCGCAGGUGAAACGCCUGCGGAAGCGAUGUCUACUGGACGAGUGCGAGGAGGCUGCAGGUCCAGACUUGCUCUUCAAGGUUCAUCGCGGGCUCUUCAGUGCUUUGCCUUUCGAAAACCUUACCGCCUUGCGAGAGGAUUGGGUCUCCUUAGAUAUUGCUGACAUCAUUGACAAGAUGUGUGGACCAGAUGGCAGCAGCAGGCGUGGAGGCUAUUGUUUUGAGCUGAACAAGCUCUUGGCAGUGUUCCUGCUUCACCUCGGCUUUCAGGUGCAGCCGUUUGCUGCUCGUGUAUGGCUGGAUGACGGAGAAACGCCCAGGUUGCCAACACCGCCACUGCACACGCACAUGUGUCUGCUAGUGAACGCCGGCACCACUGGUCCACCGUAUUUGUGCGACGUGGCCUUUGGGAAGGUUGGACUGUUUGAGCCCAUCAGCUUGGAGAAGCUGAACCAAGGAGUGCUCCAAAAUGGACACACCAGAAUGAGGCUGGAGAGUUCAAGUUUCAAGACGCUUCAAGGCCUGGACUACGACACCUACAUGUUGUGGGUUGAAAUUGACGGCAAGUGGAUGCGUGGCUACUCUAUCCUGCCAGUGCAGGACUUGAGCUACGUGGAUUCCAUUCCCUUGAAUCUGAAAGUUUAUGGAUAUUUCGAGAGCCCGUUUACGCAGAGACUGUGGUGUGAGCGGCGCGAUCGGGAGCACAUCCGGAUCUUGGGCUCGCACUUUCUGCGAGAGGCUGCUGGAAGCUGCCAGAAGUUUUCUAUCGAGUCUGGAAAGCACCUGCAGCAACUUUUGAGGUCCCACUUUGACCUCGAGCUCUCGCUGGCGGAAUGUGAAGGCCUCCACCGUCUUGGUGAGGCGGAGCCAGGCGAAGAGAAGUGGCGUUGCCUUUUGGAGCUUCGCCAGCGCGACGCAGAUCGAUUCAAGCGAUUCCACUUCCCGGUGGCUGUGGCAGCUGGAGUGGUGAUCCUGGUGGUGAUGUGGAGAGCUUUUCAAAGGCGCUAAAACGGCCGCCGAGUCAGAGCCUCCACUGACGUUCGCAGCAAAAGCCCAUAUGGCAGAGUCCAGGGAAGCCAGCCGGACGUUUUUGAAGCGGCCACACCAAAUACAUUAUAAGUGUUAGGACAAAACAGACACCACUCGGGACAUCUUGAAUAUGGGGAACACUCUGUGGAGAUAGUUGAGCCAUGUUGAGCCAUCAACGCACAAACCAGUUUUGCAGAUAUUUGCAGAUUGGUGCUCGGAGUAGACAUAGACGACCCUGAGUAGAUCCAGGAUCGACUUUGCAGGCCUGCCUCUUUCGAUUUCCCGGUUCUUGGUGCUGUGCAAGUUAACGAAGGUACCGGUACCAUCCGGUACCGCCAUUUUAUUUGUAAUGGCCUCCACCUUAGUAGCGAUGGCCUCCAACCUAGAAGCGAUGGCCUCCAACCUAGAUUUGCAAGGAACUUAGUUUCUCCGCAUCCAUUUCGGUUCACUCGUUCACAUGGCAACGAUGCAGCUGAUGAGGGAAUUUGUGGACAGACAGGCUGGCUGAGCCAACGGCCGCAGAAGGUGGUCAUCUGAGCGCAGUGAGAUGAUCAGUGCCGAAGGUGAAGGGCCCGAAGGCAGGUCAGGCCACACCGACGCCGGUCUUUUGGCCUUUUGCCGAAGGCAACUUGGCAGGCUUGGGCCAUAAGCGCUCGCCUUCAGCUCCUCAGGAGUUUCCAAGAAGUUUCAGAAAGCCGCAUGGAACAGAGAGAAAUGUAUAUGUUUCAUUGAAAUGCUCAAGCUAUAGCCGGUAGCUGACAUUCUUCAAACAUAAGAUGAUGUCUUGUCAUUUCAAGGUCGAACCAUAAUCUCCGUCCAGCAGAGGGUGCCGGGAAAAUGUGGUAGCCUGUUAACGCCAUCACGUGUCGAACAAAUUGUUAUGGCAGGUCCAUGGUUGCCGAC